AUGUCAAUCAGCUGGGACCCACGACAAAUUCUUGAAAUCGACCUUUUAUCGUACAGAUGCGCUGGAACGAACAAAGAUGGGAGGACAAGAUGUGGGAUGGGUGUCCAAAAAGACUCUCACCAAGCUUCAAUCCUGCUAGAUCGACUUUCCAGAAAGAAUAUUGUCGCUACUGGCCUUGAUCGGGAUACCAGCGAGAUGUUGAACGAUAUCGCCUCUCUUGUUCUUUGUGAUAGAUGGCAUCGUCAGAAGGAAACUUCUCAAGUUCACAGUCUUACUGCUGAGUGGCUUGAUUUGAUAGAUGAUUUCAUCACUGAAUCUCGACACGAAAGAGAAGAGAUUACAGCACCUCCGAGAUACCAAUCACAACUACCAUUCGGACAUUCAUCAAUCAGCGAGGUAUCUCAGCCAUCAAGUGUUAUGGGUGCUUCAAUUACUCUUGGUCCACAACAGCCCGAACAAAUAUCAGUACCAGAUGGUUCCAGCCAGACACUUGCCUCGCCAACAGCUCAACACAAUCCCUCAUCUCUGUUUGAAAUCGGAUUUCAGAGGAUGGGUUUGCUCGCAACCAUCUUGCCAUAUCUUCUCCGGGCCAUUCCACAUGCACGACAAGAAAAUGAGGUAUCGACAGUUGAGAAUCUGGAGACUACACCAGAUACUCCUAGCCGGAUUAUUUCUACACCAUCAGGAGAUGAACCUUCGGAUGAAACUCCAAUUCCUGCCGUUGCCUCUUCACCUUCCACCACCAGCUCACCCACGGUCACUUCCCCCUCAAUUACCUCUCUACCACUCACCAGACGAACAUCCCCUCCUACACUUUCACCAACAACACCCUUAUCCUCAUCCAGCACAUCAUCAUCAUCAUCUUCCACCCUCACCCCAUCGUCUCACCAAACCCCACUCUCUCCACCAACGUCUCCCACCUCAUCACCCACCUCCCCCACACCCCGAGUUCGCAAGCCACUAACCACCGAACCCUGCUACAUUUGCAGCGAAGACUUCGUACCCAACACUCUUCCUUCAGACGUAGAGUGGUGUCGUUGUUGCGGAACCAAUGUGCAUUCCGAGUGUAAUGAGACGUGGUUUGGACAUCAGGAUACGAGGGAGAAGAGUUGUGGGUUUUGUCGAGGAGCGUGGGGUGGAGAUGAGAGGUAG